GUAAUGGAAGAUGAUUGAAGAUAAGGGGCCUCGUGUUGCUGACUACUUUGUUGUAGCAGGAUUAACUGAUGUUUCAAAGCCUCUUGAAGAAGAAAUUCACUUCAAUGAUGCCUGUCAUAAAGUAGCUAAACCAAAAGAACCUAUAACAGAUGUUUCAGUGAUUAUUAAAUCUCUUGGGGAGGAAGUGCCACGGGAUUAUAUAUGUAUUGAUGUUACCCCAACUGGAUUGUCGGCUGAUCUCAAUAAUGGAAGUCUUGUGGGGCCGCAGAUUUACCUUUGCUACAGAAGAGGAAGAGAUAAGCCUCCACUUACAGAUCUAGGGGUUUUGUAUGACUGGAAAGAAAGAUUGAAACAGGGAUGUGAAAUUAUUCAGAGUACUCCCUACGGACGCCCUGCAAAUAUUAGUGGUAGUACCUCAUCACAGAAAAUUUAUAUCACUUUCCGAAGAGCGUCUGAAAACAUGACUCAGAAUACAUUGGCUGUCACAGACAUAUGUAUUAUUGUACCCAGUAAAGGAGAAAGUCCACCACACACAUUUUGCAAAGUCGACAAGAAUCUCAAUAACAGUAUGUGGGGAUCUGCAGUAUACUUAUGUUAUAAAAAAUCAGUGGCAAAGACUAACACUAUAUCCUACAAAGCUGGUCUAAUUUGUAGAUAUCCUCAAGAAGAUUAUGAAUCUUUCUCACUCCCAGAAUCUGUUCCCCUAUUUUGUUUACCAAUGGGUGCAACUAUUGAAUGCUGGCCACCAAAUAGCAAAUACCCUCUCCCUGUAUUUUCUACAUUUGUGUUAACUGGAGCCUCAGCUGAAAAGGUCUAUGGUGCUGCUAUUCAGUUUUAUGAACCAUACUCUGAGGAGAAUCUCACAGAAAAACAGAGACUUCUUUUGGGUUUAACAUCAUCAGCAGAUGGGAAAUCUGAUAAUUCCAAAACAAUUCACACUAAUAAAUGCAUCUGUCUUCUUUCUCACUGGCCUUUUUUUGAUGCAUUCAGGAAGUUUUUGACUUUUCUGUAUCGUUACUCUAUCUCUGGACCUCAUGUCCUUCCAAUUGAGAAGCAUAUUUCUCAUUUUAUGCAUAAAGUUCCUUUUCCAUCUCCUCAGAGACCACGGAUUUUAGUUCAGUUAUCACCACAUGAUAAUCUGAUUCUCAGUCAACCUGUUUCUUCACCUCUUCCACUAAGUGGUGGCAAGUUUUCAACACUACUUCAAAAUUUAGGCCCUGAAAAUGCUGUCACACUACUGGUGUUUGCAGUAACAGAACAUAAGAUUCUCAUCCAUUCCUUACGGCCUUCCGUGCUUACUAGUGUGACAGAAGCAUUAGUGUCUAUGAUUUUCCCUUUCCACUGGCCAUGCCCGUAUGUUCCUCUCUGCCCACUGGCUUUAGCAGAUGUCUUGAGUGCACCAUGUCCAUUCAUAGUAGGAAUCGAUUCAAGAUAUUUUGAUCUCUAUGACCCUCCACCAGAUGUUAGUUGUGUUGACCUAGAUACCAACACCAUUUCUCAAACUGGUGACAAGAAAAAUGUAGCCUGGAAGAUACUUCCAAAGAAACCAUGUAAAAAUCUGAUGAACACACUGAAUAAUUUGCACCAGCAGUUGGCAAAAUUGCAGCAGAGACCAAGAGAUGAUGGACUAAUGGACUUAGCAAUGAAUGACUAUGAUUUUAAUUCUGGAAAGAGGUUGCACAUGAUAGAUUUGGAAAUCCAAGAGGCGUUUUUGUGUUUCAUGGCCUCUAUUUUAAAAGGUUAUAGAUCAUACUUAAGACCAAUAACACAAGCCCCGUCUGAGACAGCCACAGAUGCAUCCUCUCUUUUUGCCCUACAAGCUUUCUUAAGAAGCCGGGACCGGUCACAUCAAAAAUUCUAUAGCAUGAUGACCAAAACACAAAUGUUCAUUCGCUUCAUUGAGGAAUGUUCUUUUGUCAGUGAUAAAGAUGCAAGCCUGGCAUUUUUUGAUGAUUGUGUAGAUAAAGUGGAUAUGGACAAGAGUGGUGAAAUGCGACUUAUAGAACUGGAUGAAUCUUUCAAAAGUGAACAUACUGUUUUUGUAACACCACCUGAGAUCCCCCAUCUACCCAAUGGUGAAGAACCCCCUUUACAGUACAGCUAUAAUGGAUUUCCAGUUCUUAGAAACAAUUUAUUUGAGAGACCUGAAGGAUUUCUACAAACACGAAAGAACAAAUUGCCUUCAAAAUCAAGUAGUCCUAGCAGCCCUUCUCCCAUGUUCAGAAGAACAAAACAGGAAAUUAAAUCAGCCCAUAAAAUUGCCAAGAGGUAUUCUUCCAUUCCUCAAAUGUGGUCUAGGUGUCUCCUGCGCCACUGUUACGGACUGUGGUUUAUUUGUCUGCCAGCUUAUGUGAAAGUAUGUCAUUCAAAAGUCAGGGCACUGAAAACAGCAUAUGAUGUGCUUAAAAAAAUGCAGUCCAAAAAGAUGGAUCCACCUGAUGAGGUGUGCUACCGCAUUCUUAUGCAGCUCUGUGGGCAGUAUGAUCAGCCGGUGCUUGCGGUUCGAGUGCUUUUUGAAAUGCAGAAAGCUGGUAUUGACCCCAAUGCCAUCACUUAUGGUUAUUAUAAUAAGGCUGUUUUGGAAAGUACCUGGCCUUCAAGAAGUCGUAGUGGCUAUUUUCUUUGGACAAAAGUAAGAAACGUUGUUUUAGGAGUCGCACAGUUCAAAAGAGCUUUAAAGAAACAUGCACACUUAUCACAAACAACUCUCUCAGCAGAUGGCAGUGACCUGGAUGCUGUUAGUCAUGGCAGCAUGGAUAGUGGUCAUGGGACACACACUGUGGAGCAGGCACCUUUUAAUACGGGUUUAAUCAAAGUGUAUGCUACUGAUGAUAGAUCUAGUACAGGUGGCCAGUCUGAUCUUGGAUAUAAUUCAUUAUCUAAGGAUGAAGUUAGAAGAGGGGAUAUAUCUACUGAGGAAAUUCAAGAAGAAAAAGAUAAGAAAGGGAGUGAUUCUAGUUCCCUGUCAGAGAGUGAGAGUGCAAAAGGAAGUGCUGAUUGUCUGCCUAAGCUCAAUUAUCAAAGUUCUUCCAGUAUAGUUCGCCCCAGUGGUACAAAUAACAAUGGUGCUGAUAAAAUAUCAGGAGAAAGCACAGAAAGCACCUCUGAGUUGCUCUUACUAUCAUCUUUUGAAGGUACAAAUGAAACAGGAAACAGUCAAAGUAGGUGCUUCAGGAAAAGACAUAAAAGUGAAAAUGAACCUAAUUUGCAGCAGCGACUCUCCUGGGGAAGCAGAAACCGCAAUCUUAGUGGCGGAGUACUGAUGGGACUUAUGCUCAAUAGAAUCAACCAGGAAGCAAGCCCUGGAGAUAUGGUUGAAAAACUAGGAGCUGAUGCAAAAAUUCUUUCAAAUGUUAUCUCAAAAAGCACAAGACCGACUAGUCUUGAUAUCGGAAAGCCACCUUUAAGAUCAAAAAGAGACAGCCUAGAAAAGGAAUCUAGUGAUGACGAUACACCUUUCGAUGGUCCUAAUUGUUUGGCAGAUAAAGUGGAUUCUCCAGUUAUUUUUGAUUUGGAAGACUUAGACAGUGAGACAGAUGGAUCAAAAGUGGGAUACACUGCUUCACAGAACCCCAAGAGGAUUCAGCGUAUGAGCAGCAGCUUUUCAGUAAAACCUUCUGCAAAAACGGACGUUGCCACAGGAUUUGAUCCCCUCUCUCUUUUGGUUGCUGAGACUGAACAGCAGCAAAAAGAGGAGGAGGAAGAGGAUGACGAAGAUAGCAAAAGCGUUUCAACACCAUCCGCCAGGCGUGACUUAGCGGAAGAGAUUGUGAUGUAUAUGAAUAACAUGAGCAGUCCUUUGACAAGCCGCACGCCAAGCAUCGAUUUACAACGGGCAUGUGAUGACAAAUCAACCAGUAAGAAAAGUCCAACACUGGUCAAGGCGUGCAGAAGAUCUAGCCUGCCUCCCCAUUCUCCGAGGCUAAUGAGACUUACCAAAUCUAAAAGUUACACAAAAACUGAGGAGAGACCACGGGACAGACUCUGGUCUUCUCCAGCCUUCUCACCUUCUUGCCCAUUUAGGGAAGAAUCUCAAGCUGCAUUAACCCAUUCAUCACCUUCAUUUAAUUUAGAUACACUGCUGGUACCUAAACUAGAUGUUCUAAGGAACAGUAUGUUCACUGCUGGGAAAGGAGUUGCAGAGAAAGCCAGCAAAUGGUAUUCAAGAUUCACCAUGUAUACCACAUCAUCUAAAGAUCAAAGUUCUGAUCGUACCAGUCUUUCUUCAGUGGGAGCCCAGGAUUCUGAAUCUACCUCUUUAACAGAUGAAGAUGUUUGCCAUGAGUUGGAAGGAGCCACUUCCUCCCAAGAGAGCAGUGCCACUUCAGGAACUAAGGGAAUUGAUUUCAGCAGAACAAGUCUGGAAAGUUCUGCCUCCUUAGAAGGAUCCCUGUCAAAGUUUGCCUUACCUGGGAAAUCAGAAGUGGCACCUUCCUGCAACACAAGUAAUACAAAUAUCUUCCAGAACUAUGCAAUGGAGGUUCUUAUCUCAAGUUGUUCUCGGUGUAGAACAUGUGAUUGUCUCGUCCAUGAUGAGGAAAUCAUGGCUGGCUGGACAGCAGAUGAUUCAAAUCUCAAUACUACAUGCCCAUUUUGUGGCAAUCUUUUCUUGCCCUUUCUGAAUAUUGAAAUAAGAGAUUUAAGACGGCCUGGAAGAUACUUUCUGAAGUCAAGCCCAUCUACAGAAAAUAUGCAUUUUCCAUCCUCCUUUUCAACUCAGACAAGGCAGUCUUGUAUCUCAACAUCAGCCUCUGGUCUUGACACAUCUGUUAUCUCUGUUCAAGGGAAUUUUGAUCUCAAUAGCAAAUCUAAACUGCUGGAAAAUACAUAUGCCCGAAGUAUUCAGAUCCCUGCUGAUAGAUCAAAAACAGCUAUGUCAAAAUGUCCAAUAUUUCCAAUGGCCAGGAGUGUUAGUACUUAUGGCCCCUUGGAUAAGGAAGACACUGGAGGCCAGAAGCUCAUUCCUACAGGCAGCCUGCCAACUACUUUACAAGGAGCUACCGAUUCUUUAGGAUUAGAGUGGCACCUCCCCAGUCCAGAUCCUAUCACUGUUCCAUAUCUUAGUCCUUUAGUGGUAUGGAAGGAGCUUGAAAGCUUACUGGAAAAUGAAGGCGACCAUGCAAUAACAGUGGCAGACUUCGUGGACCAUCAUCCAAUCGUGUUUUGGAACCUUGUAUGGUAUUUUAGACGUCUUGACUUACCCAGUAACUUACCUGGAUUGAUUCUUUCUUCUGAGCAUUGUAACAAGUAUUCAAAGAUUCCUCGCCACUGUAUGUCUGAGGAUAGUAAAUAUGUUUUAAUACAAAUGUUAUGGGACAAUAUGAAAUUACAUCAGGAUCCGGGACAGCCCUUGUACAUCCUCUGGAAUGCCCACACCCAGAAGUAUCCAAUGGUCCAUUUAUUGCAAAAAGGUGAUAAUUCAUUUAACCAGGAACUAUUGAAAAAUAUGGUAAAAAGCAUUAAAAUGAAUGAUGUCUAUGGACCAAUGAGUCAAAUUUUAGAGACACUGAAUAAAUGUCCUCAUUUUAAAAGACAGAGGAGUUUGUAUAGAGAAAUACUAUUUCUCUCACUUGUGGCCCUGGGAAGAGAAAACAUUGAUAUAGAUGCAUUUGAUAAAGAAUACAAGAUGGCAUAUGAUCGCCUCACACCAAGUCAAGUCAAGAGUACACACAACUGUGAUAGACCACCAAGUACAGGGGUGAUGGAAUGUCGAAAAACCUUUGGAGAACCUUAUCUUUAAGAUAUGCACGUGUGUGUAUACUUUCAAUAUGUAUUGUAUAGUCCAUGUAUAAAAUAACACUUGAAGACUCUAAACUUUUUUUCUUCAGUUUUUGGAAAUGCAUUUGUAAAUGGGUUCUGAAAGUCCAGAUAGCUUAUGUACAGAAUGUUUUCAAAAGAGAAGAGUGACAAGUGAGGAGAAAGCCAUUUUGUUUCCCAUUUCCUUUUUUUUUCUUUACUUCUCCUGUAACAAGUAAUUAAGUAUUUUUGUGACGAGGAAAUCCCUAAACAAAAUUACUUCUCAAAAUAAGACAACCAUUUCAUGGUUUCUCUUGGAAGAGACGCAUUGAAAAAUCAUGUAUGGAACUUAAACAAAUGGAAGAUCAAAGUAUUUCCUGUUUUCAUAGACUAUUCAAAUGUUUUGACCAUGAAGUUGUAUUAUACAUAUUUUAAAUUGUUUAUAGUAAGUUGAUAUUUUUUUAAUUUUUAAACUUAAUAUAGCAAACAAAAUGAA